AGUGAGUCAGCGCGAGGGCGGAAGCGGGCGUGCGGCGGCGGCUGGAGGGUUCCAGAAGAGCCUGGCCGGCGCGGCCCGGGCGGCACCAUGGUGGAUUACAGCGUCUGGGACCACAUCGAGGUGUCCGACGAUGAGGACGAGACUCACCCCAACAUCGACACGGCCAGUCUCUUCCGGUGGCGCCACCAGGCCCGAGUGGAGAGGAUGGAGCAGUUCCAGAAGGAGAAAGAAGAGCUGGAUAAAGGGUGCAGGGAAUGCAAACGGAAACUAGCCGAGUGCCAAAAGAAAAUGAAGGAGCUGGAGGUGGCAGACACGGAGAGCGGGAAAGGGGAGCUGCAGAGACUUCAGGCCGAAGCGCAGCAGCUGAGAAAAGAAGAGAAGAGCUGGGAAAAGAAGAUUGAGGAGCUGAGGAAGAAGGAGAAGAACAUGCCCUGGAAUGUGGACACCCUGAGCAAAGACGGCUUCAGCAAGAGUGUUGUCAACGUCAAACCUGAAGAGGAGGACGAAUCGGAGGAACAAAAAGAGAAGAAACACAAGACGUUUGUGGAGAAGUACGAGAAGCAGAUCAAACAUUUUGGGAUGCUGCGGCGCUGGGACGACAGCCAGAAGUAUCUAUCUGAUAACCCGCAUCUGGUGUGUGAAGAGACCGCCAAUUACCUGGUCAUCUGGUGCAUUGAUCUGGAAGUGGAAGAGAAACACGCCCUGAUGGAGCAGGUCGCCCACCAGACCAUCGUGAUGCAGUUCAUCCUAGAGCUGGCCAAGAGCCUGAAGGUGGACCCCAGAGCUUGUUUCAGACAGUUCUUCACCAAAAUCAAGACGGCCGAUCAGCAGUACAUGGAGGGGUUCACCGACGAGCUGGAGGCCUUCAAGGAGCGGGUGAGAGGCCGUGCCAAGGUGCGCAUCGAGAAAGCCAUGAAAGAGUAUGAAGAGGAGGAGCGGCAGAAACGGCUGGGCCCGGGCGGGCUGGAUCCCGUGGAGGUGUACGAAUCCCUCCCGGCUGAGCUGCAAAAGUGUUUCGAUUCGAAAGACGUUCAGAUGCUGCAGGAUGCAAUCAGCAAAAUGGAGCCUGCUGAAGCAAAGUACCACAUGCAGCGCUGCAUCGAUUCUGGGCUCUGGGUGCCGAAUGCCAAGACGGCGGAGGGAGCGGAGAAGGGAGGCGAGGAGGCGGAGGCUGUCUACGAGGAGGUCAAGAAGGAGAGCAGCGAGGAGGAGAAAGGAAACCCAUGAACUACGGCUGGAAAUGCGUAAAGCAGACUGUCCCCUCACCUCUCCCCCACUGCCACCAUCCUACCCCCUCUCGCCUUCCUCUCUCACCCGAUUAUCCCUCAGGAUGCCACAUGCUUUACACACGUAGACACUUUGUGAAUGUGUGAGCUGCUUGCUGGCUCUUUGUAUCCAGCGCCAAGCCUUGGCUGCCUUUGGGGAGCAGCCGGAAGCCCCUGUGUUAGCAGUGGGGAAGUCCCAGUCAGUUACUCCAGUGAGCCGAGAGCUCAAAGGGACUUGGCAUAGGGCAGUUUAGGUUCCAGGUCUCACUCUGGUGAUGCCAGGCAAUGUAAUAGUUACACAUGUGCUGUCGUAUCUUUCUGUGGGUGCCCAGUAAGGCUAUUACAUGAAUAAAGAGAUUGAAGUAGCUGAGCGUGGAGGGGACUUGCUGGGGGCAGAGUGGUGUGAGCUGCUGGGCUUUUGUUGUGGCUUCUGAAAAGAGAGAAAUCGACCUAAGAAGUUGUCCCUGGUGCUGGGAGUUACGUUGCAGGCCAGCCUGAAUGCAUUGGCCUCCCUAGUCUGCAGGAGCCCUUGGUGGCCAAAACAAACUGUAUGGGCUGCCGUGGCACCUGGCAGGGCCUGCAGGCAAACGCACCAGCCACCCUGCACCUCGGCCAUCUCCCGGCCCGGAGGAGUGGGCUGUGCUGUGAAUGUGCCUGAGGCGUAGGCCCGGCUGUGCUGACGGCACUGUGGGUCAGCAGUCUCGUGCUUUCCUUACCAGCUGCCUGGCUGUCUAGCAUUGUCCCAUGCUAAGGUGACCGUUUCACCAGUAGGACGGGGAGUGCACAGGGCAUGGCGCCUACGCCCAGUGGCAGGGGGACAGCGGACCUACACCCUACAGUGAUGAGGACGCACCGCUGGGUACCAGGAGAGCAGAGCUUGGCUGGCUUGGCCAUGCUGUGCCCAGUGGCUCUGUUAUUUCUGGUGCUGCUGUGAACUUCUCCAGGGCCAAACUCUGGCUCAGUGCCCCUGGGCUCAGAAGGGCUGCGGGUAACCGGCCUGCCUUGCCGCAUUCAAAGGGGGAGAGCCCUGGGAAGUGCCAGUCUACCCUGGCACAAGGCAAAACCCACCUGCAUUUUAAGAGGUGAAUCCCAUGCCUGGGUGGGGCAAAGCAGGGAGCUGGCGGUAGAGUAUCGAUGGGCUUAGGGGUGCCAGGUUGACUCUGGUCCAGCCGGGAUCAUGCUGUGCUGACUCCACACCAAAACUUCCUUCUGCAAUUCCUUGGCCUUGGGCCAGGCCUUCCCCAUGGGUGGGAAGGGCUUGGGCAUUAGGCCCAGGCUCUGCUGGUUCCGCCCAGUGCAUGUUGACUGGGCUCCAAGCACAGAAAGGCUCUGCGCCAGCAAAGACCUUUGGGAAGCCGUCUGUCCCCCCCCGCAGCCGGCAUCAAGGGGGGUGAGACCAAAACACCCAGCGAAGGGGGUGGGGCACGAACUCGUCUGCACAAACGGGAGAGAGGAGGUGGCGCAGCUGUCUGUGCAUUGGAGCGUCCUUCCCCCGCUGCUGCCAGCCAGGUGUCGGGGCACGCUCAGAACAUGGUCACACCAGGAAGCUUUGAACAAGGGGGGGGUUAACGAGCUGGCAGGGCGGUAAAUCAGCAUAUGCCCACGAGUGGCCCUUGCUGUGUCCUGGCGGGAGAGCUGCGGUGGCUUUUUUUGCUGGUAGGCUAAUGGCCCAAGGAGGCAGGCUGCAGAUGAGAUGGGGACCCUAGGUCACUAGCUUCAUUUCCUGUAUUUUCAGAAGCUGCCAGGAAGGGAAACAACUCGACUGACCGAAUAAAGGCAUUUAUUAUCCGACUCCCUAGCUUCGGCUGGGACUCCAUGUACUACAAAACACAGUAGCUGUUGUGUACCCAGAGCUAGUGCAGUGUGGGUGCGGGGAGGAAGGUUGAGGGGGAAAUAUAUGUAUCAGGGAUUUGGGGUCACACAAAUAGAAAUUUCUGAGCGAAACGCUGGACAAGUGAAGUGUCCCCUGGCUUGUGUGUGGUAGGUGGUAGGUACCAACAAUACCUGUGGGGACAGAUCCCCUGAACAAGUCUGUUCCCUUCUCCGUGCUUCCAUUUCCCCAUCUGUAAAAUGGAGAUAAAAUGUUCUCUCCCCCGCCUUAACUUCCUGGCCUGAAGGCCCCAUGGAAAGUGUGACUGGUUACAGGGUGAGAUUGGAAAACAUGCAGUGCUACAAAUCAACACCUCACGAGCCAGCUGGCAAGAUCUGUGCCCGAAGGCCUAAAACCUGCAUUUAAAAGUUCUCCGGCCCUUCUUGGAGCCAGAGGGGGUCUGCUUGGUGAUAGCAUGAGCCUUGGCAUGAAGAGUGACAGGCCAGCGAGGUCUUGGAGACACGAUCCAAAUCCGCCUUCACCCAGCACUCCUGGGGGGUUCUGGCUGGAGGAUCCGGCAGUGGUGAGUGAGCAGAACAGCGGCCCAGCCAGUGUGACGUUCGUUCUGUGUCAUGUUGUGAGAUGAUGAUUCUCUACAGCAGGCUCCAUUGUUAUGUAGUGAGCUCCUAGCCAGCUGCGGAGACAGAAGCAGCUUCAGACUCUUCAGUUUUCACCACUGCUUCACUCUUCUCACAAGUGCCUCCCCUUUCAGCCUUUCCCUUGAUUCUAUUCUUCAUGUUUUUAUAACCUCUCCUACACCAAUGGCUUCCACCCCUCCCGGCCCCUGGGCCUCUUUCUAGAUGUGAAAGUGAAGGCAGCUCCUUGCCAGCAGGGUGGGCGGAUGUGUGGGUGGCUGUGAAAGUCCUUUGCACUGUUUGGAAUGAUUCAUGGCCCAAUUCCAAACUCAAGAGAAGUUGGUCUCUGGGAGAUGGGGGAAGAAUCAGGGAGCUGGCAGGAAUGUGAAAACUCCCAGAGGCUAUUCUAGAACCCAAGGCCAUUCUGUCACUUGCUAGCGCUAGUGCGUAGCUACACGUCCGCUCCUCUAAUCCAGACUUUGGCACGACUCUAGCCCCCGUCUUUUGUAUUGGGAACCUGGUUUUUAAGAGCAUGAAUGAAUGUAUAAACCUGAAUCAGUCGUCUUGGGCCUUUACAAUAUACCUGCCUAGCUUAU